AUGUUUAAGGCUGCAAGUGUUGUCAAGGACAAAGCAAAGACAGGGCAGAAGAAAUCUGAAUCGGUGAGAACUGGAGCUGUGCAGAAGAAGACGCUCAAGAAAGAUAAACGGACAGAUUUUGUUGUAGGGAAACCAAAACAGAAGAAGGCUGUUGGGAAAACAGCUCCUUAUUCCAAAGAGAAGUCGGCAGGUGUCAAAAGACCAGAGGCUGCAGAGGACCCAAACCAUGAUGAAGAAAAAGGGGACGUGGCUGCGGAAAUAGAGAAGAUCAAUUCUCUUGUAGAAAGAGAAGGAGGAGACGAAGAGGGAAAGGGAGGCUUUUCUGAUCAAAGCCCUCCUUCUCCCAGCCCUCUCAGGGAAGAACUCCUCUUGCCACUUGAAGAAGGUGAAGAACCUUCUGCUGAAGAUGUUCUCCAUCUUUCUGGACCUCAUGCCAUUCCUGCUGAGGAGACGGAUGCUGUUGCCCGCCCAGUAGAUGGCUCCCAGACUGACACAACUCUGAGCAACGACCCUCCAGAGCCACUGGACCCGCCUCAGAACAAGCAGGAGGAAAAACUCUCGCGAGAGCAAAUGAUAGCGGACAGGGCAGAGAAGAGGCGGCUUGCGGUGGAGAGAAAACGGAGGGAGCAGGAGGAGCGGAAGCGGAAGGAGCAGGAAGAGCAGGAGCGCAUGGAGAGGAUGAAAGAAGAAAUGGAACAGGAGCAGCAGAAGAGGAUGGCAGAAAUGCGUCUAAGGAAACAGCAGCUGGAAGAAGAGCGCCGGCAGCAGGAGGAGGAAGCAGCAAGGCAGCGUCAAGCUGAGAAGGCAGCCCUGGAACGUGCACGGCACCAACAGGAGGAGCUCCGCAGGAAACUCCUAGAAAUGCAGAAGAAAAAGCAGCAGGAGGAGCGAGAACGCGCAGAAGCGGAGAAGCGGAGGCAGAAAGAAAUGGAAAUGCAGCUGGAAGAGGAACGCCGACUCUUAGCCGAGAUGGCAGAAGAGCAGCGCUUGGAGUAUGAGAGAAGGAGGCAGGAAGAAGAGGAGCGAGCGAGGCGUGAGGCUGAGGAGAGGAGGAGAAGGGAAGAGGAAGAGGCUAGACUUGCAUUAGAGGAAGCAAAGAGGCAAGCCUUAUUACUGGCAAGACAAAGGGCAGACUUGGAAAAGGAGAAGGAAUUCCAAUAUAAGCUGCUUGUGGAAGCCGAGGGGCUGGAACGAGGGCAAGCGAUUUCACGCCCAUGGGUUUAUUCGUAUUUCCAGCAUCCUUUUUUAAAUGUGGGAGAUGAGGAUUAAACAGUUGAGAACUUUUCCCAAGAACAACUCUCGGCUGCGUAGCUGUGUUCUUCUCGUCUUACUCCAAAAUGCCAGCACCCUGUUAUUCACUUGUAUUUAAU